AUGGAUGCCCUCCGCGAGCAAGAGUACCCCCUCCUAAGUCAGACAACUUAUCUUGAUCAUGCCGGUACAACUCUCUAUGCCAAGUCAUUGAUCACGGCGUUCUCUCGUGAUAUACAAUCUAGUCUAUUUAGAAAUCCCCAUUCAAUGUCCUUGUCAUCGCAAUUGUCUACACAGCGCACAGAGAAUAUCCGUUUCGCAGCCGACGGAGGAGCGAAUGUCUUCACUCUGCUUAACGCCGCCUCGUUUGUGUCAACCGCUGCUCUCGACCUAGGGGAUGCAAAUGCUGCGCCAGAUUUUACGGCGCUCAGCUUUUACAAGAUUUUUGGAUUUCCUGAUCUAGGAGCGUUGAUUGUCCGAAAAAGCGCUGCCCGCAUUCUCGAACGGCACGGUACCCUUCCUUUCCACAGCAUUAUCGCGCUGGAUGCCGCAAUUGACACGCACGAACGUCUGUACGGGUCAAUGGCAAACAUUUCUGCCCACACUGGGUUCCUCGCCAAGCGAGUCUAUGAUCGACUUGCUGCAUUGACGCACUUCAACGACAAGAACGUCUGUCGAAUCUACCAAUCAGAUUAUGGAAACCAAGCGCUUCAGGGCCCAAUCAUCGCGUUCAAUCUCAGAAACAGUCAAGGCGAGAACUUGAGCUACGUCCACAUCACCUCAACCUCCAUUCCACCUGCACACCCCCAAUUACAACCCCCAACCGCAAAGAUGUUCCGCUUCAGCAAAACCCUCGACCCAAUCACCCUCUUCCACUCCCCCAGUCUGGCAUCGUCGACGCGAGCCCUCAACAUCCUAAAACAAGCCUCCUCGACCGCCGGCGAAACCGCCACAGAGGACCAAGCAAGUGAUCACUCCCGCCAUGCCAAGCAGCAGCGGGGCGAGUUCGAGCUGGAGGUGACCACCUCCCCUCCCACACCCGACCAGCUGCGCAGUAUCCUGGAUUACAUCUCGCCCCUUAGUGGUGUUGGAGGACAGGGUGAGAAGGCUACGUAUGGUGUUGCUGAGUUGGUGAAGGGUGCUCGUGAUGCGGAGGAUGCGCUUAAGAAAUUUAAGGAGGAUAAUGAUAACUUCACUCGGCCUCUGACUGUUGACUGGGUCAAUGGCCGUGCUGUCAUUGGUGAUAGCGAGUCUGAGAUUCUCCGUAUGGUGCGCCAGCUUCCUACCUACUAG